GAAGAAGAAGCCGUAUCCCUCCACCCCUCCUACCUCCAGCUUCCUGGCCGCUUCCAAUUGGCCUCCGUGCCCUCCUGGGCGGGCACUAUUGGUUUCCAGCCUUGCCAGUCAGCGUCACCCUCCUACCUCAGCCUUGAGUUGUGUGGGGAGCAGCAGCAGCAGCAGCAACAGCAACAGCUCGGAAACAUCUGGCCGCCGUAGAGUGCUCGACUCCCCGCGUCGCUGCCCUGCCUGCCCGUGCUCGUCCGUCCUCGACAGCCUGGUUAUGGAAAUGAGCCCAAAGCCGGUUUAAUCAGGAGGGGGAAGAAACGGAGAGACGGCGGACCGUGUUGCCUGUUAUGAGGACAGCAGGAUGGAGUUCCCUGACCACAGCCGACAUUUACUCCAGUGUCUGAGCGAGCAGCGGCACCAGGGCUUUUUGUGCGACUCCACGGUCCUGGUGGGCGAUGCCCAGUUUCGAGCACACCGCGCCGUCCUGGCCUCGUGCAGCAUGUACUUCCACCUCUUCUACAAGGACCAGCUGGACAAGCGGGACGUGGUGCACCUCAACAGCGACAUCGUGACGGCGCCCGCGUUCUCCCUGCUGCUGGAGUUCAUGUACGAGGGCAAGCUGCAGUUCCAGGCUCUUCCUGUAGAGGACGUGCUGGCCGCCGCCUCCUACCUGCACAUGUACGACAUCGUCAAGGUGUGCAAGAAGCGGCUGAAGCGGAAGGCCACGGCGGAGGCGGACAGCACGCGCAGGGAGGACGACGGCGGCUCCAGCUGCUCCGACAAGGCCGACAGUUUCUCGGACGGAUCGACGGGGCGACCCGCCACCGCCGACCUGCUGCACAGCGACGAAGAGGAGGAGGGGAAGAGCGAGAGAGCACAGCUAUGGUUGCGGACGCCAGCCAUGGCCACGAGCAGCCCGGGUCACGCAGAGGCGGAGCCGCAGGCCGGCGAGGGGCUGACGGAAGGCACCAAGCUGAUGUCUCCGGCAGGAAGCCCUUCCAGCUCCACAGGAUCGCUUUCCCAGAAGUCUCACCGCUCCGCGGGCUCUCGAGGACACCGCGGCAGGCGGGUGUCCAACGAUACCGCCGACUGCGUCCUGGACCUGUCAGUGAAGCCGACAUCCGGCAGUAACCACGGCAACCACCACCCGACGUACUUCAGCGGUGCAGCCACACCGGACAGGCUGCAAAGCCCGCUGGCGGUGAGGGUGAAGGUGGAAAGGGGUGUGGCUUCGGACGAGGAAGAGGACCUAGGGGGCGGGGACUAUGCGAUGGAGCACAGUGGCAUCGCCAAAGCAACGGUUCCCAGCACCAACGGGGGCUUGAGCCACCACGGGGUCGGGGGUCCUCUGUCGGUCCAGAGGAGGCUGGGCUUGGAGGCGCACCUCUCCGCCCUGCGAGAGGCGUCGCUAGCGUCCGAGCUGGACCGUGACGAGAAGCCCCCGGCGACCGCCGACAACGACGACCUACUCGGGGGGGAGAGCGAGCGCACGCAGGCCGACGCGGCCAGCAUGGACAGCACGCUGCUGCCGUACGUGUCCAACAUGCUGUCGGCGCCGCACACGCAGAUCUUCAUGUGCCCGCUGUGCAACAAGGUGUUCCCCUCACCGCACAUCCUGCAGCUCCACCUCAGCUCGCACUUCAGGGAGCAGGAGGGCAUCCGCGCCAAGCCCGCCGGCGACGUCAACGUGCCCACGUGCACCAUCUGCAGCAAGACCUUCUCCUGCAUGUACACGCUCAAGCGCCACGAGCGCACGCACUCCGGCGAGAAGCCCUACACCUGCACCACCUGUGGCAAGAGCUUCCAGUACUCGCACAACCUCAGCCGCCACGCCGUGGUGCACACGCGCGAGAAGCCGCACGCCUGCAAGUGGUGCGAGCGCCGCUUCACGCAGUCGGGGGACCUCUACCGCCACAUCCGCAAGUUCCACUGCGAACUGGUCAACUCACUGUCGGUCAAGAGCGAGCCGCUAGCGCUGCCCAAUGUCAGGGACUGGGCCAUCGAGGACAGCUCGCAGGAACUGUGGAAGUAGAGGCGUGCGAGCGGGGUCCUUGCCAACAUUUAGGGGGUCUUUCAGUGAGUCAUCUUCUUGUUUGUUGCAAAAAUCUCAUUCGAUUGCACUUUAAUAGCACAUGAAAAUGUUACUACUGAGUUUUUCAUCAAGUACAAGGGGUUUCAGUUGUAGUCUGGAUUUUAUCCAGAGAAAGCUCCGAGAAGGUCUUGCUUGUUUGAAUUUUUUUUCAAUUUAAUUUUAUUAUUUAACUUUUUGUGUUUCAUCUCACAACACUCCGACUCGGACCGACGCCACGCUCCUCAAGAACAAAAGCAUUAUGAUACACUAAACGGGUAUCACAAUAUUGGCACACACACUUUGAAGAAGUGUGUGAGCGUGUGUGUGUGUGCACUCUACUACGCCAACACCUGAUGUGCAAGUGUGUGUGUGUGUGUGCGCGCGCGUGUGUGUGUUUAAUUAGAUAUUUCACUGGCACGGAGGCGCAGCUAGCGUCGUGGUGCGUUCAGGGCGAGUCGAGCGACUGACAAACUGAUGGCACUCAUGCAAUGCACAGCCUCUUUUUUUAAUUUUGAUGAUUUUUUUUUACUUUCAAUAAAUUUGAAGUAUUUCCUAAACAUUAAAAAAAUACAUUCUAAUAGUUAUUAUAUUAUUGUUAUUAAUUAAUACAGUAGUGUUUCUGAAAUCUAGCUGGCAGUCUUUUUAAAUUUGUUGGAAAAGUAUUUAAUUUAAGGUUGUUGUAUAUUGUUAUAGUUUUAAAUCUUUUUGUUUUACUUUAUUAUUGUAAUAAUUCUAUUUUGUUAGUUGUUUUUUUUAACAGGACCUGCUGUUGUUGCAUGACGUUCAAACUUGUAUAUUUUAAGUUUUCCCAAAAAAAAAAAGGAAAAAAAUGUGAAUUUGCAGUGUUACUGUACACAUCGUUAUUGAUCAAAUAUUUGACAAUGGGCUCCUUUUUAUUUAACAAACAUGAUUUUCUUUGUGAAUACUACUCCAGGGUGACGUCUGUUGCAAAGCUGACUAUGGUGGGUGGGGAGGGGCAUGCAUGGAUUCAAAUGUUGUUGUCCUGAAAAGUUAGAGAGGGGUGGGGGAAUUUAGCUUGAUGGUGAACAUCUUGGAAAUGUGAUGAAGCUUUUGAAGUUUGUCUAUGUGCACUGAAUGUGCGUGCGUGUGUGUGUGUUGUCACCCGUCAGUGUGGAAGUUCUUCAUCCGCCCAGCACUUCUUCGGUUUAACGUUGUGCAAUCAUGGGCGUCCUCGGAAGGCUCUGGAGGUCUGACGAGGGUGGUCAUGUGACGCCAAAAUGGCUAAAAGAUGAAAAAGGGUCUGUCCUGCUGAAAUAGUGAAGAGUCAAAUGUGUGUGUGUAAGCACCUUUUUAAGAUUAAAAAAAAAAAAGAGAGACCUGAUUAUGAGAUAUUUGCUGGAAAAGAUGCCUUGGACUUAAACAUUUGUAACUGAAAAAUGUCUUGCUUCCAUUUUUGGAUCAAAACUCUUUUUCAGACAAAAAAAACAAAAUCGGUGAAUGUUGUUUUUGGGCAAGGACAGCUCCUGGUUUUUAUGUAUAAAUUCAAGCAGUGUGGAAAUAUUUUCAGACAAGCGUUUAUACAAUCCAAAAAAAAGGACUUGCUGAAUGUGUGUGCGUGUGUGCGUGUGCGUGUGUGUGUGUGUGUGUGUGUGUGUGUGUGUGUGUGUGUGUGUGUGUGUGUUUCUCCAUCCAUGCACCCAUCCUGCUGUUUUCAUCAUCACUACUGCUGUUUUUUUUCUUCCUUUAAUAUAUUUCUGGUUAAUAUAUUUCUGGUUGUACUUGACCGCCUUAAACUGCUGUAGUCCAGGCCGAUCAUUUUUCUCUUUUUUUCAGUUUAUUUUAAAUCUAUUUGUAAUAAUUUAUUUCCGGAGCAUGAGUGACGUUGAGCGCUCGGGAAUCUGUGAACUAUAUAUCCACACUUAUUUUAAUUUUAAUUUUUUUGCUGUGUUUACUUGAAGACAAGUGUGUGUCUGUGGGGUGUGAGAAUAGUUGUUUUAAUUUAAAGAAGGUUUAAAAAUGUCUCAGACCGUUUGUGGGGAAGGUUUUAAAUGUGACUGUUUUUUUAAUAAAUAAAAAAAAAGACAAUCACCAUCAAACAAGCAGAUUUCUUCAGAUGUAUUUGCUCCCUGCUGAGAUUGAAUACUUUCAACUUUUUUUUUUUCUUAAUUUAAGUCCGAUAUAGUCAUUUUUAGCUUUGACAAUCAUAGUUUGACUUAUUUUUGUGGUUGUUUUUCUCAAGGGGAGCGAAUUCCAACUGUGUUUAGUUUUGUAAUUUCCGGUGUGCUGUUGUUGACAUUUUUAAAUUGUGUGCAAACUGCAAUAAAUUAUAAGGUUCUUGACAUUGGA